AUGACAGUGGCAAGUUCAUAUCGUUUCGAUCCACCUCCACCACGCCCGAGGAAGAAGCGGACAGUGGUUCGUCGUGACCGUGAAGGUGGAGCCGAGCGCCUCCAUCGCGAUUAUUUUUCUGUCGAGCCUGUUUAUGGGCCACAAUUCUUUCGCCGUCGAUUUUGCAUGAGCCGGGAGUUGUUUCUACGUAUUGUCAAUGCGCUAGAAGUCGAUCCUUACUUCCAACAACGUCCGGAUGCUAUUGGCCGCUUAAGCUUCUCCCAGAUCCAGAAGUGCACUGCCGCUGUUCGACAAUUGGCAUACGGAACUGCUGCUGAUUGUUGUGACGAAUAUCUCCGUAUAGGAGAGACGACGGCGUUGGAAUGCUUGAAGAAAUUCUGCAAGGCCGUCGUUCGUAUCUUUGUCGGCACGUAUUUGAGGCGGCCAACAACUGCCGAUGUGCAACGCAUCACUACAAUGCACGAAGCCCGCCAUGGGUUCCCGGGAAUGUUGGGGAGCCUAGACUGCAUGCAUUGGGGAUGGAAGAAUUGCCCCGUGGCUUGGCACGACGCCUACACUCGAGGGGAUCAAGGCGAGCCAACAAUUAUAUUAGAGGUCGUUGCUUCACAAGAUUUGUGGAUCUGGCAUGCAUUCUUUGGAGUCGCUGGGUCCAACAACGACAUCAACGUGCUCCACCAGUCCACGCUAUUCAACGAUGUUUUAGCGGGGAUGAAGCGGCUGUGCACUUCCUCGCCAACAAUUCUCACCACACUCGAGGAUACUACUUAA